CCGAGACUUGAGUCAGAAGCAAAGUAGAGUAGGGAGUGAAUUUCGAGUUUUGACCAGCUGUGGAAAAGUUGAGGGAGCUGAAGAUGUUGCGAUACGUAAAGAGAAUCCUUUUGGGAUGAGACGCCCCCUCCUCUUUGCACUUCGGACGGGCGUCCACCCCUUAAGUCCUUCUAUCCUGCGUCCUGGGUUCGGGCAGCCUGUCUCCUUUCCUGCUCCAGCCUGCUCCCAGGCACUUUCCUUUCUCUAGUGACCCCGGGAGGAAAGUUUUUCCUCUUUCUCCUCUGUCAGGAGGAGAGGGUCCUUUUCCUCUUCAGAGAUUAAAGCCCUGAUCCCCAGGCGAGACACGCGCACGCUGGAACUUGGUAUCCUCGGUGCCCGUCUGCCUCCAGCUGUGCCAGGUCCUCCCCGCCCCCUCCCGCUUCCUCGCCACAGUCUCGGCUCAGCUGGCUCCCCGUCCCACCAUGGAGGUGCUGGAGAGCGGGGAGCAGAACCUGUUGCACUGGGAUCGCAAGCUCAGCGAGCUGUCAGAGCCCGUGGACUCCGACAACCUGAUGUACAACACGCAUUUUACAGAGCUUCUGGAUGAGUUUUCCCAGAAUGUCCUGGGCCAGCUUUUGAAUGACCCCUUCCUCUCUGAGAAGAACGAGAUGAUGGAGGUGGAGCCAUCUCCAGCCUCUCCUGCUCCUCUCAUCCAGGCAGAGCAUAGCUACUCCCUGUGUGGGGACUCCCGGCCUCAGUCCCCGCUCACCCACAUCUCUGCUGAAGAUACCUUCAAUGAAGCUAAUCUGGCCGGUGAGGAAUGGUGCCUGGCUUCAGCAACCAUCAAGACAGAACCCAUCCUGUGCGAAUCUCCUGGACUUGUCCCAUCUGUCACUCUGACCAUCACUACAGCUCCUGCCCCUCUGGGCAGCGAGGAUCCCCAACUGCAGAAUGAUGAUGAGGUCAAGUCCCCAAGCCUGAAAAUCCUGCCCAAGAUUAAACUGGAGCCUCAUGAAGUGGAUCAGUUCUUAAACUUCUCUUCGAAGGAAGCAGUGGUGGAUCACCUGCAUCUACCCCCCACCCCUCCCAGCAGUCAUGGCAGUGAUUCUGAGGGCAGCCAGAGCCCCAGCCCAUCCCUGACGCCAUCCAGUCCCACCCAGGGGCCAGGGAAGGUGACAUCUCGUUCGGCUUCAGCCCUCUCCAAUUCCCCUCUCCUGACAGCACCUCAUAAACUUCAGGGGUCAGGACCCCUGAUCCUGACAGAGGAGGAGAAGAGGACACUGAUUGCUGAGGGGUACCCUAUCCCCACCAAACUGCCCUUGACAAAAGCAGAGGAAAAAGCCCUGAAGAAAAUCAGGAGGAAAAUCAAGAACAAGAUUUCUGCCCAGGAAAGUAGGAGAAAGAAGAAAGAAUAUAUGGACAGUUUAGAGAAAAAGGUAGAGUCUUGUUCAAAUGAGAACAUGGAGUUGAGGAAGAAGGUGGAAGUUCUGGAGAAUACUAACAGAACUCUCCUGCAGCAGCUACAGAGGCUCCAGUCUAUGGUUGUGGGCAAGGUUUCCCGUUCCUGCAAAGCAGCCAGCACUCAGACAGGCACUUGUCUCAUGGUUGUGGUGCUAUGUUUUGCUGUUGUGUUUGGCAGCUUCUCUCAGAGCUACGGGCCCUAUCCCUCUGCUACCAAGAUGGUGCUUCCAAGCCAACAUUCUACUCCAGAGUCAUACACAGCCUCUGUUGUGAGAUCCCGGAGUCUGCUGAUCUAUGAAGAACCCCCUCCACUGGAGGAGUCUCAGAGCCUAGGCUUACCUGGGCAUCGAGAGGACACUGAAGACAGAGAAAGAGGGCCCCCAAUCCUUGGCAUGUCCAGGUUGGAGCCAAGACCCAGGGCUGAAGAAGCUGGCGUUGCUCAGUUCAGGAUAUCAAAUGAGACGAGGUUAGAAAAGGCAGUGCUAUUGGAACUUGGGCAGCACAGGGUCAGCUCCAAACUGGAGGCAAAUGAAACACUCAAAGUCAUCGAAAUUGAUAGAAGAGUCAAUGCUACUUUUUAAAGAGUUACUUCAUCUCCCCUUCUUCCUCACCUCCUCCUGCACUCCCAUUACCUUUCUCAUUAAACCGAAUCCACCCAAUGUUAAGCAAAGCACUGUAGAACAUUAGUUUGGGCUGAGAAGAGAGGCUGGGAAUUCAGCAUAUCUACUGAGGGAUCUUGAUCUCCUUCUCAAAUGCCAUUCCUUUUUUCCUUCCUUGUGUUUCUCUUUCCUUCCUUGCCACUGAAAAUUAUUUUAGCAUUAGGGUCAGGGAGUAGAUCACAGGCCUCUUUCUAACAAUUGUGCCAAGAAGUUGUACCCUAGCCCUCAGCAUUGUGACAAGACCAAUGUUAGAGGAAAAGACAAGUCUCUUUGAGUAGGGUCCCCAGUCUCAUCAAAGAGAACCCCAGAAGUCUCUUUAUGGGAAGUGGCUGACCACUACCUCUCUGGCUUGUGCAGGUGUUUAGCCUUGGAGUGGGUGGGUGAGAGGUCAUUGAGGUCACCAGGGUGAAGCCUCUACAGUUUUUAAGAAAACUGACAGGAAAACACAUCGACAUCCAUCUUUCCAACCUACUCUCUUUAUGUUUUCACCACUUGGGUUCCCCAUUACCACCAUCCUCUUCUCAAGGCUACAGGUAUACUACCUGAGGGAAUGAGGCUUUCCUACUCCAGACCUCCUUGUCUGUUCUUGUUGCUUGUAGUUUCUUCCUCUCCCUUUCCCCUCUAUCCAUAUACCUAGAGUUCUACCUCCCAAAUGUCUCCUUGUUGUAAAUAGUAUUUAUUAGCUUUCUGAGGCUUCCCUCUGGCAGCCAAACUGAAGAGAUUAGAUGCCUCCCCCUCAGUUUAGCCAGAGGCUUGAAUUGAGCUUUGGCAUUGAGAGGGCGUGGGAGGCUAUGAAUUCUGCCCCUUCCCCACCUCCUCCUACCCCCACUGCCCAGCCCUAGUUUCAUUUUUUUCCUUUUCUUUUCUUUCUUUUUUUUUUUUAAACCUUAAGCCUGUAAGAAAAUUACAGGUCGAGAGUAGCCCCUUAGGCAUGUAACUUCCAGACACAGAACACCAAACUCUGCCUUCUCUCUAGGUAGAUUCAUUUGGGCUCCUGUGGCCCAGGAACAGGGUUCCUUCCCUGCUUCUUUAUGAGGGAAGUCUGAAGUCCCGUCCCUGAGACCAGGAACUCUUGACCAUUGCCUUUCUGGACCCUUGCCUUUAAGUUUUCUUGGGCUUUCUGCUCCAUUGACCCUACCCGUGCUACAAAGAAUACUUUGAGUUUCCUUGUACUGGUGGGGCAGAUAACUUUGACACCUACAUGCUUGUUUGUUUGUUUUUUCUUGGGAGCCUUUGACUACUCUGCCCCUACUCAUCCAAAGAGACCUAACUUAAUUGACCUUUGUGCCUUUAUUUUUUUAUGAUUUAAAAUAAACUUUUUAUAAAAGAAAAAAAAUUCUGCCCCUUCUCAUAUGAAUAGGCAGUGGAAAUUGCCUUUUUAAUUGUACAAUGUAGCAAGCUCUCAUUUUUUUUCCCUAGCUUGUAAAAUAUUUUUGUAGGAAAAAUGUUUUCAUUUUGUAUUUACAUCUAUAACCUCUCUCUGCUUCUUUAGUCCCAUCUGUCCAUUCUGUUAUUGCAUGCUACACUUAAAAGGGAUUCUCAAAAUGAUCCAUGGGCCCCCAAUCCAAUAACAGGUAACAGGAUUUGUCAUCAUUAACAUUCCCUAUCUUAUCUUGUAAAUGGAUUCCUGUUUUGUCUGCUCUGGUCCAUUUGGGGAUCACAGGUGUUUUUCCUCUGUCCCUACUCUAUUGCAUAUGCCCUAAGUUCCUGCUUUCUGUUCUCACACCAGAUGUUUGAUCCUAGAUCAUAGAAUCAGAUUGUUAGGCCAGAACAGGUCCUUAAAAACCAUCUCUCUGGGCCCUGGGUGGUAUUGGUAGGAGUUUGGGGUGGGGGAGAGGAGAGAAGAAAGGCCAUUUCUGAUUUUCUCUCCUCUUUGAAUUUUAAUUGAACACAUGCAAUUUCAGAGCUUGGGAGUGAUAUUAGAAAUCAUCAACCCCGUAAUUUUUACAGAUGAAGAAACUGAGGCAAAGUGAACUAACAAAGCCACACAUGGCAGAGCUGGGUUUAGAACCUGUGUUUCCUGGCUCCUGCUCUAAUAUUCACUAUGCCAUACUGCUCAGGUGGGUGAUGGAGUUAAACAAGGUGAGGCUUGAGUGAUUUAAAAAUUUUUUUUAAAUUCAAUAAUUAAAAAACUAUUUUAAAAUGAGAGAUUCUCAUUUUUGAAGGAAUGAAGUGAGAGGACAACUCAGUGCAAUGGUCUCCAUCAUUCCUGCUCCAUCUUGAAUGUCAAUGAUCACUAGUUGUGACUGAUAGUGCAAGACUCAUCACUUUGUGCAAAAAGAAGCAGAUUUUGAAUGAAGAUUGGCUUUAAGGAUUUCCCCUGUCCUCUGCUUUGAUUCCACCACACCCCUUUCCUUCAUUAUCAGUGAUGGAUGUGAUCAUUUCCCAGUGAUGGAAAAGCCAGACAGUAGUCUCACCAGCAGUAAAUAGUGUGGCAUUGUUCUUGCCAAUGGAACAUGCUUUGAGUCUAGAUCUGCUUCUGGGUGCCUUCGAGUGGUCUACUACCCAGUGAUAUCUAGAAAAGAGCCAUUGGCUUGGAGACUGAAGACUGAUGUGCAAGUCUAGGCUCUGUCACUUAAUAGAUGUGUGAUAAUGGCGAGUUCCUCAAUUUCUUUAAACCUCUGUUUCCUCAUCUGUAAAAUUCCUGCACUGCCUACCUCACAGGGUUGUUGUGAGGAUCAAAUGAGAUAAUGUAUGUAAAGCGCUUUAUAAACCUUUAAGUGUAAUGUUGUAAAUGCAAGCUAUUAUUAUUGUUGUUGUUGUUAUUGUUAUUAUUAUUAAGUAGCUUAACAAGCAUUCUGUUAAGGGGCACCAUAGUAGAUGCAAAACGACCAGACCAGGAAGAAUGGAUGUGCAAUUUCUGCCUGGUCAUUGGCUUCACCCAGAACCACCAGUGGGUUUCAUUUGUGUUAAUUUCCUGUAGUGUACUCCACGUCCAAGAUGCCUGCUUUGCCCUGAUGAUUUCGGCAGCUCCCAAGUAUUGGCAGGAGUUGGGGUCUAGGGAGCUUAAGUGUUGAUGAAUCAGGAUAUUAGAGGAGCCAUAAAAUAAAUAAAUAAAACUAUAUUUGUGGAAAUCAA